CACAGCCUCUAAAUAUGGCACCACCCUGACUAAGGUCUAAAGCAUGUCAGUUUCCCAAAAGUAUUUAAUGUCAGCUACUCAGAAAGUGUGCACAGCUAUAUUUAUAACAUAAAAGUGAUGUCAAAGCCAAACAGUAGUGUUUAACCUCAAAACCCACGGAUAGACUAAGCCUGGAUUAUUUACAACCUUAACAUUCUGCCACUGCUUUUAUAGCCCCCCACGUACACAUUCGUAUUUGCAGCAUCAGGAGUCUUUAUCAGAGUCUUUCAACCGCAUCCCAAAUUUGUUCUUCAUGUCCGUUAGCUUCAUCCUCUUAAUGGCCCAGGUAGCUACUGCUGUAGGAGAGAGCUAAUAUUUCACGCCAAGCAGGAACCCAGCCAAUGGGUCCAUUUACUGGCAGAUAGAGAGGAGAGAGAAAGCAAAAAAGGGAGUGAUAAGGGAGAGGGGGAGGAUCCGGACUGCAGGCGGACUGCGGCAGGAGGGGUGUGACGUGAUCGAGAGAGAGAGAGAGAUGGCAAGAUACAACCCUCAGGCAGAGUCUCUGUAGCAGAGAAGCAGCAGAGAUGCUCGGAUUCCAAACAGGAAGCGCUUUGUGCCAGAAGUGGAUGUAGUUUUUCAUCAGUCGGCUGUGUUUGGCGGUGUAAUGAGCAUGUCAUUCUGAGUCAGGGCUAUGGAUGAGUCAGUGUGGCACUUGUUAGUGACCUGGUAUGUGUGACAGGACAGUGAGUUUGAGGACUGCAGAGAGUGUGUUUACUCCCAGAGAGCCAUGCUUUCAUUCUGCUUCACUUUAGUUUGGUUUAACUGGAUGCUAUUGGGUUUUUGAACUCUCUUUUGAGAUUGUCAUUGUGUGUCAUAUAUCAGAAGAGUUAGGUCAGCUUUCAAUAACUUUUGUGAAUGAGUAAGACUUCCUCGCAUUAACAGAACUGGGAACUGUUGAUUGGCCGAGGGCUUUGCUGCCCUGCGAGAAAACUUCCUGUUUCCUCCAAGUGGACUUUGUGUUUCAUUGGGCAAGCACGCCAAAGGAUGCAAGUGUAAUCCAGGAAAAAACACAUCCUAUUGUUUCUUAGGAUUGCACACGGAUCCGUAGCCCGCGCUUCUCAACGACAUUACGAAGAAACGCACUGUACAGUGAAGCUGUAAGCUUCUGACUUGGUGCAGCCAUGAGUGGGGGAGUGAAUGUGAAGAGUCUUCCACGAGCCCAGCCGGGCUCCGGCAUCCCUCUGCAUAGGACCAGACUCCCCUCCCCAAAACCUGAGCCCAAGAGCACCAGCAGUGGCCUUCCAAGACCAUCCACACAUGUCCCCGUUAGCAACAGAACCUCCUGUAGUGGCAGCCCUACAGCUGUCUCCUCCAGAGACGUGCUAAGGGACACCACCCUCAGAAACCAGCAUCUGCUACUAAGAGGCAGUCCUCCUAGUCAACGAGCUUCCACUACUUCUCAAAUACAGACCCAAGACUCUAGAUCAGCCCACAGCAGUCCACAAGUUCGACGGAAAGAGUCCCCACUUUUGAGGGGUACUAUGGAUGGGUCCAGGACAGAGAGUUUGCUUGACCUUCGGUCCAAUGGCAACAAGAACUUCCAGAGUGGAAUCUUUCAUUCCCAGAUGGGACGAAUGGACAACGAUAACAGUUUGAUCUCAGAAAAACUCAAAUGCCACGAGGAGAGCGCUGCUUCUGGAAGCAGUCAAAGCAAGACAGGAAUCCCUUCAUUCAGAUUUAGUAACAAAAACUUGAGGCCUGGUCCAGCGGCCACUACCGUAGAUACGGGUCUCCUCAGAGUCCGUCGAGAGAGAGUGUCCCUGCAGAACAGUGCCUCCAGUAGUUUUUCAGAUGAGGAGAUGUGCACUCCAGAUGACCUCAGUCCCGAGGUCCCACAGAAGCCACCCCCCGAGACUACUGCAGUCCCAAAACAGGAAACCUCUAGUGUUGAGAUGCUCAAAACCAAACAGUUACCAAAGGUCAACAUGGCUGCUGUGGCACCUUUCAGAUACAGGUAAGUUCUGGAAUUUUUUUGAAUGAUUGUAGCGCUACUAUGAUUAAAAAAUCAGCUUAGACCAGUACGAAAA